AUGAACACCUUCAUGACCAAGCAACUAGACAGAUCCCGGCAGUCUAGGAAAAUGAGCGACGCGUCACGAGCAACGCCAAAAGCGAGCUCGACAACCGAAUCAGAAUCGUCAGGCGGCUUCAAAUCGUUCUGGAGAACGACCGACAAGAGCGCUCAACAACAGAACGUCACUUUCGUGCAACAAGACCCAUCGAGCAAGAAGAGUACGUUGGCGGUCGGGCAGUCUUCAUACCACGAGCGCACCAGACUUACUCUCCGCGUAGAACCUAACCGCAUCAGUCGCCUGUUGAGGCAAGGAAGUACGACAUCUUCACCAGAAGAUGCUGAAGCUUCGGGAGCGACAAGCGCUCAGAAACGAAGGCAGCAAGUGUAUCAGGCACAGAAACGCCACCGCAACCGCAAAGCCGAGUAUGUGCACACGCUCGAGGAAGAAGUCGCCCGCCUCCAGCACCUCGAUGCCCUCAUCAACAAUGAAAAGACCACUCUCGAGCACCAGAACAAGGCGAUGCGAGAACUGCUUGCAUCUAAGAGUCUCGACGUCGGCUUCGAUACCAUGAACCUGAGCAACUCGUCCUACUCUGGCGACGGCUUGAGCCAGCUUGGUGGUGCAGCAGUCGAUAUCAGAUUUGAUCCUGUGAUGGGGCAUGAACGGACGUUUCUCGAUUUCGACGAUGUGGACAUGAUGUGGACGUCAGACGAGACUACGUCCGGCAGUGAGAGGGAGGGCAAGCGGCAGGUGAGGGACUCGCCUGUGGCUGGAGACAGUUGGGCGGCGCUUGAUUUCAUCCUGGCUUUGGAAUGGCCGUGUCGAGAGCAUAUCCAUCAUUCUUCGAUCAACCCGAACAUUAAAGUGCCGGAAGCGUGCUCGAUUGCUGAUCUUCAUGGGCACGCUCUGACCGCGACCGCUGCGGUGUACCAGAGCUCGCUUCCACCAUCCACGCAUGGUCACGAACACGCCCGUGCUGCUAGCCAUAGUCACGGUGGGCAGCACUCGACUCAACCUGGGAAGUGGCAGCUUCCGCAUUGUGAAAUCGACAAGCUGGUGGAGCUGAGUGAGCUGCUUCAGCUUGACGAGGAAUCAUUAACCCCAGCGCAAGCGUACACUGCCGUUCGCAGCAACAUACCCAGCGAGAAAUGGCUGAGGCCGACGCUGGACUCGUUGAAGACGCCUUUGAGCAGUCUGGUGCAGUGUCAUGGGUUUGGUGCAUGCAUGGACGCUCCGAUGUUCUGGCAGCACCUCGAUGCGGCCAUGGAGAAGCUGAAGUUUACCAGACCGGAGCUGGCGAGUGAUGCUUCGUAG